UUGCUCUUUCUGUAAUGUACCUCGUACUCGUAUUAUACAUGUUUUGCAAUUGUCUACUCUGCCGGCAUCGCUGCCCGCCACUUUUGUAAUAAUUCUCACUGCUAGUUGCUCCAAUCCUUACAGAAAAUAUGUCGGCUGGUUAUUACUGUUUCCAAUGCCGCAGUUAUUUUGGCUCAUUUCCAUCGGAAAACAUUUUUUGCCCUCGGUGUGGCCAAGGGUUUAUACAGGAAGUUGGCAACACCAACAGCAACUUUCCAUUUGGACCAACGGUGGAGGCUUUGGAUGACAAUAGGCCUGACAUGCCGUCCCCUGAACCCACACCGCUAGAAAUGCUGUUAAACAGGUUCACUCAAAGAUUACAACAAGAACAGGGAAGUGCGAAUGCUGGCGUAUCUGGAAGGAGCAGCGAUUCUCGCAGUCAGCACGCACCACCUAUUGGCUUCAGCAUUCAACUUGUUCCCAUCAUGGCAACACCCAAUGAGCAGGAGGUAGUGGCUUCGCCGAAUUCCGUACCACAGAGCAGUCCAGCUAUCCCGACGCAUUCCACACUCCGAGUCGGUUCCGAUAAUACAGGAUCACGUCCAGUGGAACUCGUGUUCCGAAUUGACCGCGAUGGCAAUAAUCGCCCGCAUUUGAAUGUUAACGUCAGCCCCUAUCUUUUGCGAGCUGUCCUGGAAAAUCAGGCAGGCACACAGCAAGCCCUUAACCGUAGCGUCAAUGACCUGAUCGCCUUGUUUGGCGGGCUAAUGGCCGGAAGUGAUGGAACACCACCGGUUACAACAGACGACCUGGAACGAAUUCCUGUAGCCCCCGUUACCCAGCAAAUGAUAGAGGAUGGAAAAGCUUGCUCUAUCUGCCUUGACCUUUUCAUUUUGAACGAUCCGUUCAAGGAGAUGCCUUGCCAUCAUCAGUACCACGUCAACUGUAUUGAGAGAUGGCUUUUAAUACAUGGAAACUGUCCAAUUUGUCGGACUUCGUUGAGUGAACUGAUAUCACCUUUACACGACAUCACAGAGCCGGAUUAAUUAAAGAAGCAGCAUUCUGCCUUUUUCAGUAGGCCAAAACGGCGUUGUCUUCCUUUCAGAUUUCUCCAGUUUUCCGUCGUCAUCAACAUCUAAGGUGGAAUUGCUUACAAGUUACAAUUGCUCUAGAAAUUGAAAAUAGGCCAAUAUGCUCUAUAAAUUGGCCAAUAUGCUGUAAAACUACUGGUAUUAUGCUAGUUAACUUCGGAGCUCUUUCUUUUUCUCUUCUUAGUUUGUUUUUCUGCGAGUAUACGAACGAUAUUAUUGAGCCUUGUAUAAUGUGAUUGUACGGAUGUCCCUUAUCCCUAUGUAAAAUUUUGGGGCAGUAAAAGGUUUUUU